GUCAAGGACCUCGACACCCUUCAAUCCGUACAAAACCGAACGUCCACUUCAAUCGCCCUCUUCAUCGAACAAUUAACCAGGAGGAUUCCGUCAAUCGGUGAGGCAAUUAUCAUAGACAGCGGUGUUGGCAGCGAAGGGUUGAAAGAAAGUGUAAACGAAGGUUUAGCGGGUGGUCUAGAAGGAUCUCAAGGGGAGUCGAAUAGGAGAUUACGGCGCAACCUUCCACGAGACCUUGAAUUAAGUUCUGGCUCAUUCUGCUCAUCCUUGUCCUCCACACGCCGCGGCAAUUUUAACACUGAUUCCAGGAGUAACAGAGAAAGGAUUCUUAUUAUUGUUCUUAAGGGAUUAGGGCCUCUGGUUUUGCGGCAAGCUAUAUCCUCUGUCGUGACAUAUCUGGUCUACCUGUUGCUCAAUUCCCCAUCGACGACAGCAAGGAUCGUGCAAAGAAUUCGGUAGGUGCACGGUGGAGUAUUCCUUCUGUAUUCUUGAAUUUCAUCGUGGACAUAAUCCCUUGGAGCAGGUCUUCUUCAAAGUCAACAACUUCAAAGUCAGUAUCAGACGCAGAUGUUACUAUGUACUCAAACUCGUACCUUGUACCAAUAACCGCCGGUAUUCGGGGCCUGUUGGUUCUUAUAGCGGGCCACAGCUCGGCCUGGUAUCGGUGUCGCGGCACGCCGAGGGCGGGCGAUAUUUAUGCCAGUUUUUUAUUGCGCUUUAGCCCGAGAGCAGAAUGGAAACAAUAUGUCACACCGGUGGGGGUGAAACCGGUGUACGAAGUUCUUGUAGGUGGCCCUGGUCUGCCAGCACCUAACGUUAAUACUAACGCCUCCGCCGUGACUGCGCCCCACGCUCCAUGUCAUGAUUUUAAA